CGCAUAUUUCGGACGCAAGCCAAGCCAAGCCUUCCAUCCCAAUCAGUCAUUCGUAAUUCGCGACUCGCGACUCGGCUGGCACCCGCAACUCCGCGAGCCAGGUUCCCCGCAGGACAUCGCAGUCACGAGCGAGUCGGAUCUUCCCAAGCUCGUUGCGGUCGACCUCGGUGCUCGACGCAAUCUCCAGCAACCCGGGCUUGGGGCUUCGAAUCACGUCGCGCACUCUCACCUCUUCAUUCUCGCUGCCCCGCCAAGGAUCAGAUGUGCGCAAAAGGUGACCAGGCCGCCUUUGACCAGUCGCGCGACGAGGGGCAGUGACCGAUCGCAAACGACGCACGCGACGCACACGGCCAGACCCAUUGCCCCACACAGCCCCCAGUCACGAUGCUGGGCGCGUCCUAUCGCUCGCCUUUCAAUGCGGCUGACCACUCCGACUCGCAGCACGACCCAUCAGCGAUGAUGAGCAGCAACGGCUUUGCAGACGCGCAAGCGCUCCCUGUCGACGACCGAGCGCACGCCUCCUCGCACGGCAUCAACACAAGCACCAGCAAUACGACGCAGCCGCCGCCGCCAGCGCAGCAAGGCUCCUCUACUUUGGCCCGGGCCAAUUCCCGCCUAGAUGCAGUGGCCAAACUUCGAAGGGCUGCCAGUCAGCGUGAAAUGCGACGGACACCGACACCGCGAGCAGUGACUCCAACAGCGUCAGCCGAGAACGACGGGGGUCAGCUCCUUGCUACGGACUCGAAUUGUGCGGGAGCUGCUAAAGCCCAGUCCUUCUCUCCCGUCCUCGAGCCUUCCUUGCAUGCGGCCGAUGCCUCCUUUCUUUCCAUGGCCGAGGCUGAUCAGGACACCCCGUCGACAACAGUGGACGAAGCUCAGGCAGUGUUUGUUGCCCCUACCGCAGCGUCGCUCCUUCGGCCUCCUUCACCGCAAAGGGGACGUCUGAGCCCGUCCGAGGUGCCGUCUUUGAUGCGCUCCCGAUCUAAUCGCUCACCCCUGCCAACGCUGGAACAGCUUCGCGCCAGGGUCUUGUUGGAGCGAGAAGCCGCCACUUCCAAAAGGAGCUCCGCUGCAGCCGCUGCUAGUGCUGCAGCUCGAGCGUACGCUUUGGAAAAGCUUCUGGGUAGCUCUUCGCGCGAAGGAAGGGCUUCGCCUGCGAGCGAUGGCGAAGGUGGGCUGGACGAUGGCGCGCCACUGAUAUCUACACCUGGCAGCAUCAGACGAAUCAGCAAGGUGGUCAGCAGAUCCAGCAGAGAAGCGCCCCUUGGUGGUGUAUCAUCGACUUUGAGGGACAGCUCCGGUGCAAGCUCUCUCCGACGCAGCAGAACCAUCGGUGGGCUGUCUGCGGUAGCUGAAACCCAACGCAAGGUCGCGUUCUUGCAAGGCACAACUCUCUUGGAGCCCCCGGCAGGAGAGCCACGCAGAUCGAGUCGAAGGUUCGCACAGAAUCCGCUGUCCCGCAGCUCCACCUCGCCCCCAACCUCACCACCUCGCGGCGGCCUCAGGCCUACUACAACGACCAUCGCAGAGGUUGUCGAGCCAGCGAAUGAUGAACAUCAGACUGCGCCCAGCACGUCUGGCUUGGAACGCAAAGCCAGUCAGCGACAGCUGGCCCGCGCCCAACUCAUGCGCAAAUUGUCGAAUCGAAGUCAAGCGGCUGGACGCGCAGCUGCGGGCAGUGUUCACGGUGCUGCAUCGACGUCUCCGCUACCCCCGCUGCAGCUGCAGGGCAGCAAUCGCGCUACUGUGGACUCCGAGCCCCCAAGUGCUGGAGGCGGCCAGUGGUUGAAUGCGAGGGAACAAACUCUGCAACACAGUUCAGGUCAUCGCGACGCGUUGUCCGCAGCUUCUCCUGUAUCUGCUCCAGGCACUGGACGUAGCGUGUACAGCGGCUUUGCUCUGUCACCAAACACUUUGGCUGUACCUGGCACGCCAGCAAGGACCUACGAUGCGUCGCUCAUGCCCUCGAAUGGCAGGUCGCCGAUGCUGCACCCUUCACACAGCAAUGUGUCGCUCAUCGCAGACGAGUCCGAACGCAGCUUUGCGCAUUCUGGCGUCUCUACCAGCGCCGCGAGCAUGCUGCGCUUUAGAGCAGAAAGGGACCGUGCGUCAGCCGCGGAUCUGGCAGACAGGCAAGACGCCUUUGAGUUGGAUCAUGAGCUCGGCAACGACUGGGGUCAUCACGCGACGAACAUGCUGAGCAAGCAAGGUAGUCUGCGCGCCGUGCGUCGAGGUCGCCGGACUCUGGUCGACAGGGCUUCGGACGGUGACAGCGAAGGCGGCAGCCAGGGAGAGCAGACCAAUGAUGCUGCAUCGAGCGAUGACGCUGCGACGGACCUGUUGGACGAGUACAGCCGGUUUGAUCAAGACUUGAAGGACGAGGAGGAUGACGAGAGCGACUGCAGAUCUGUUGCUGCGACCGCAAUGCAGUCUUCGAAAGCGUUGCAGCACGGCGGCGUGUCGACGCCAAUGGUGCCCCAGGACGCCAACAUUGAUUGGGCAACGCCGUCACCGCUGGGUCGUCAUUUGACUCGGGACCUCAGACCCGAGUCCAGCGCAAGCAUUCCCCUCACGUUGAGCGCCUCUCACGAACAGACAGAGUUCCCACCAGACUCUCAGCAGCUUCCUGGCGUCGAGCAGGAGUGGCAGAACACCCACUCGCCGUGGCCUGUCAGCAUCAGCGUGGCGAGUCAGGGUUCAGCCCCGCGAGAGAGUCUUCAAGAUCAACGAGAGGGGAGCGACGCUGAUAUCUUGAGUCAAGCAGUCGAGUCUCUUCAGGCAAAGCCAACGCAAUUCGCAAGUAAUGCCGGCACUGCGCCAUCUGCCUCGAACAGUCUGAGGCUCGACGCGCACGUCGGGAGGCUGCCAACGAAGCUCGACGCGCUCAUUUCGCCUUCCUUCUACGCCGAAUAUGGCCACCCGCUGGAUCUGCAGGCUAGCGCCUCGCCAGUGCAGAAGCGUGACCAGAUUCCAUCUCCCGUGGAUCGACAACAAGCGCAAUCUGAUUUCAAUCGUGGAGCGACGCCCGCUGUCUCAAGUGCUGGUCCAGUCAUGGCGCCGCCCCGAUCGUCGUCAUUGCGACAUCGGACGAUGAGCUUGUCAGAGAGCAGCCUUCAUGAUCUGCGCGACGACGCCUUGUCUCGCGCCCGUGAUCACGUCGAAGCUGGAGCAGAGGAAGAAGACUCGGAUCUGGAGCGUAUCGAUCAGAUCACCGCCGAUCUUAGUCGCAUGGCAAGUCCUCGUGCAGAGAAUGGUCUCCCUUCACGGAGCGAAAUGGAACGGCGCGAGGCAGCGGAGCAAUUCGCAGCAGCCGAGGAGUAUCGCAAGGCAAAGGGCCUCUACGAAGCGACUCGCAGCGCUUCUGGCUCUCCGGCCGCGCACCCGUCGCCUUCCAAGUCAGCAUCACCAGCUCCAUCGUCCAUGUCACGCUUUCGUGAGCAUCUGAACGAUGAAGAUGCGCCCGCGCGAUCCUCUCUUGGUCGAGGCUCAUCUCCACUUGCAGGUCUUCCACAUCCUACAGCCACGGCAAGCUCUAUUCCGCCUCUUGCCAUGGACGCUUCGCGUCGCACUCACGCGCACAAAACCUCUCUGGUCUCCAUCAGGAGCGCUUCAAGCCAUCGUAGCCGGGAAGAAGGAAGCACUGCAGCUGCGCGCAGUGGUAGUGGAUCGCACGCUCGAUCUAGCCCGGCGGGGCACAACGCAAAGGCCGCUUCGAUUACGUCCGUAUUUGCGUCGCCCCCUGUGCCAGCCAAUCCGGCGCACUUGCAUCAUCCGCCUGCUGCGAGCUCGGCCGAGCUCGCGACGAUGUACGCCAACCACAAGUUGACGCCCUUUCCAGGGUUGUUUCGGGAGGACCAAAGGAGUGUGGGAAACUUGGCGAACGAGCCAACAGAAGCCACGCCUGCUUCCUUCGCCCCAGGACUUGCUGCUAGCAGACCUGGCGGACAUCGCCCUGCAGGCUCACUCAAUCUCAGCUCGCGCCCUUUGGCGCAGGCGUUCAACGCGACGAAUCCAGACUAUACGCCAAGUCCUGGACCGUCGCUGCUAGAGGAGACCGUCACAAUCGGCUCUACCGCUACGCGGGACGUCGCAAAGCCCAAGAUGAUCGCUCCGUCCUCAUCCUUUUUGCACACUCUGCGCAGAAAGGCUUCUGGUCUUCGCAUCUCUCCCUCGCCAGUGUCGACGUCGACGCAAGCGGUAGCGUCUCCCAAAGGCGCUGCCCUGCACGGUGCUACGCAUCGCAAAGAGUCUUCGAAGGACCUGUCCAACGGCUUGCAUGACUAUCCGAAUGCAGCAAGUAGAAUGCUGCCUGGGCUCGGUCGGAGGCCAUCUGCCACUCGCAAGCCGGUUCCCCCUUUGGAGGAGCCGCCUAUCCAAAUCAUAGGUCGAACUCCGCCUUACUUUUCAGAGAGCAACGCUGAAGACCACGACGUUUCGUUGAACGCGUCGUUUGGCGACUCGACCACCAUCGAUGCUGGCCAAAGCGCGAGGGAGGAACCAAGGACCGCACAGCUUGCUACGCUCACGCUGGCGCCGGCCACAGCUGCGAUGCUACAUCGAUAUAGUCAUAUGCUCACCUCGCCAAACAAAGACGAAGGGCUUUUGGUACCGGAACUCUCCCCAGCCCAGGUGGAACGGCCACCACGUCAGCUCGUGCGUGCAGCUCCGGUGCUUCAGGUGGUCACCAACAGCACUGUCAAAGAUCGCUUCCUCUUUCUAUUCUCUGACAUUCUCGUCGUCGCAAGGCCAGAAAACCCUGCGCCGAACGAGACCCUGACGGUCGCCAAUUUGCGGUGGAAAUUUGCAGCAAAGAACAUAAUCGAGCUGCAUCAAGCGAAGCUUCACGUCCCUUCUGACAGAACCGCGAGUGUCAAGCCGCAUCCGCUCAUGGCAGCGUUCGUCCGCCGCUUCCUACGUGAUCCUGACAGCGCUCUUGAUCAAGUGAUCAGGCAAUCCAGCUUGCCAAAGAACGCCGACACUAUAGCGAAGCUUUUGUUUCAGACGCCCGAGCUGGAUCGAGAGUGCUUGACAGAAUACCUCUGCUCUUCCGCGCCUGGUCGUCGACAGAUCCUCGAAGCAUAUGUUGGCAUGCAGCGUAUCACCGGCGUUUCGAUCGAGUCGGCACUUCGAAUGCUCCUGAUUGGGUUGAGGUUCCCGAGAGAGGCGGAUACCUUCGAAACGCUGCUCACGGCGUUUGCAAAGCGAUGGACAUCCUCCAACGUCGGCCUCAUCAAGCAGAGCUUCUCUGCUGAGCUAGCGGGGGAUCUGGUGCUCGCCAUCAUGGCGCUCAACGACGCGCUGCACACCCCGACGCCAGCGGAGGAACUAGCUCGCGCGCGUGGCCAGCCGCCGGAAAGAGAAUAUGUUGACACGCCUCGGCUAUUCAGCGACCCACAGCCCAUGCUCGACAAGCAGCCCUUUCUCUCAGCCUUUAGGGCGCGCGAUCCCCAACAGGUCCUUUCGGAUCGAACUCUUCUGCGCAUCUACACUUCCGUCGCAGCCGACCCGAUCAUGCAAGCGAAGAGCAAGGAUGAAAGCGGACCGAGGCUGACCGUCAAGCUGCUAGGCAUGGGGAUGCCGAGCAAAUUGACUUAUGGCAAGCCGAGCGAGCCCAUCGUGGUAUCGAUUCCAGCUGCCGACCCGGAGCUGACCAUCCGUCUGUACGGCCAGGAACUUUCUUUCGAGCCGCCAGUGCUUACAUUUGAAAGGAGCGACAAGUGCAGCUUCACCAUUACCAGCCGCUCUUUGGGUCCGCAGCAAGCCGUGUUUGUGCGGACGGGCAGGACAGCCCGCAAUUAUGUGGACAGGCUGCCAGACGACCACGAGAUUGGCAUCGCUUUCCCUCACCACGUCAGCCUGACGGUGGAGCGAGCUUUUAUGGCGAAUUGCUUCUCACUGACGCUCCCGAGCGCUGGGGAGGACGUGAGCAAGCGACGCUACAUGUUCAGCGUCGAUGAUGCUGCAGCGAGACGGCAGUGGACCCGAGCGUUGAAGGACAACAUCGAUGCGGCCGUCAUCGCGCGCAAGAACCUCGCGGAUGCUCAGGCCGCAGAGCGAAAUGCUCGUGAUCGCGCCGCAGACCAGACAAAUGUCCCUGGUCCAGUCGCGACUCGUCGUGCUGCAGAGACACUGGCUCUGCACGUCUUGCGAGAGACGCUGAUCCAACCAGACAACAAUGCUUCGCCCAUUGCGACAUUCGACGCGAGGCAAACGGUGCUGCAGAGAAGUGCGAGCAGCGCAACGCCAGGCAGUGCUAGUAAAGGAGCACUGGAUUUGCGGGGCGGCCCUCCGCCGGCUCGCUCGGCCGCUGCUGCCGUCAUGGCGGGCAUUGGCAAUGGUGCUACGGGCUUGUCAAGAGCGCCUUCGGACUCGCGCGUCGCUUCGAGUCGUGCGACUGCAGGCGCCAACACCUCGCUGCAAGCACCUUCGACGUUGGAUCGCAAUCAGUCCAUCAGCAGGCACUACUACGGAGGUCUCGGCAAGAGUGAAACAGACUUGUUGCCGCCCGAGACAGCGGCGAGCAACUCGCCUGUUGGAGGUCGACCGCCUCUGUCGGCUGGCCUUUCACCAAGUGCACACGCUCCGGACGUUCGACGGGGAUUGAGCCCCAUGUUAGAGGUGCCUAGCCCUUCGGAAUCCUCGUCCGUCAAACUCACCUCGGAGCCCAUGCUCGGGGAGGAGCUGGUCGUGAUUUGCACGCAAAAUUCUCUGCUGCCUCUUGUCCUCGCAAAUCGCCACGAGCCGCGUUCUUGACAGAGCGCUCGCUAUACGGUUGGCGUUCGGUCUCGCUUCUGCCUCAUCCUCGCCUUCCUGCCUUGGUUUCGCGACACCUGCACCUUUUUUUUCUCCUGCCUCUCUGCGCAUCAUGUUUCUGCUUCUCCUCAUGCAUCAUUCCGCUUCCAAGUCAUCAUCAUUCCGCGAAAUUCAAUUCUAGCUCCAAGCAGCUGCUGGCGAAAGACAUCGAGUGCGGC